UGUUGAUGGUGAAUGGCAAGUGAUAUUCAGGUCUAUAUGCGAUUAAACAAAAGCACUAAUAACGUGCAAUAGCUGAGACGAGUGGUCAUAGACUAUGUUACGGUAAGAUGAUGAAACGGUGUCAGUGAGUAAUUGUUUAGCGUUGCUAUGCUAUUUAAAUUAUUAAAUAAGCUGCGGUUGCGUCGCCCCGUUACCAGGAGACCCGCUAACCGUCUUUACUGCUGGACUCACAACAGCAGACAAACAAAACAUCUGAGAGUUUCAUCCGUCUCGAUACCAGCAAACAUGGCCACCCUGAGCUCGAAGCCAAGCUUGCGUUACAGUGUGUCUGACUGGGCAACUGACAAUAAACAGAUCUCAGAUGCUGCUGAGCACAAGCGCAAUAUUUCACACGAGAUACGGCAGGCAGGAAGAGCUCUGCGUAAUGAGACGGCCAAUAAGACAAACUGGGAUGAGUAUGACAGCAGCCGGCGACUGAGUGACAGAAUCAAUGACAUCACACGCUGGAAGGAGAAUCUGAAAGCCUGUGCACAGGAAGUGGAUGCAGAAAUGGACGCACUAACUCUGUCCAAGGAGGAGACAGAACGAGCCCUUGCAGCCACUGUUCAGCCCCUUGAAGUCACUGCGGAGUGCUUGACCCUGAGGGAAGGUCGUCGUGGCAAGGAGCUGGUCAGUGACCCUGUAGAAGCUGAACUUAAGAAGGAAGUAGAGGUGAUUGAUGGAGCACAACUCAGCCUUCAGCGGUGCAUCGAUCAGGCCUUUGAACAGCUGUGUCGUCUACAGGAAGCACGGCAACAGCUGACCAUUGACCUUCAAGAUAAAAUCGAGGCCCUUGAUGUGGACAUGUCAUGCUUGUCUCUCACUAUACGGUCACCUGAGAUCUCCCUGAAGCCCAACCCCACAAGAGUGCCCCCUGGUUCCACAACUCCCCAGCAGUGGGAGCAGUUCAGCCGAUACAAUAUUACCAGAGCCAAAGAAGAGAUGCAGUCCUCUGUACAGAUAAGAGAGAAUAACAGCAUCACAAGAGCACAGGUGCAGAAUGAGCUGGAAGCCCAACGAAUGGCUGUGGAGUUUGCGCUCCGUAAGCGAACUCACCACCAAGAACAAGCCCAUCAUGAAAUGCACUGGCAGCUGAAAACUACUCAGGAUGAGAUUGCUGAGCUGGAGAAGGAUAUUGGUGGCCUGGAGGAGGACCUGCAUGCCAAGAUGGCUCCUCUAAAGCUGGUCCACACCCGUCUAGAGAACAGGAUAAAGAGGCCCGGCAUGGACCUGUGCAGAGAUGAGGUACAGUUUGGUUUGGUGGAUGAAGCCAAACAACUGGAAGCCACCAUUCUAGCACUGAAACAGAAGCUGGCAGAAGCCCAGCACUCUCUGCAGUCUCUGAAGCAGCAUGAAGCUCAAAUGAUAGAGGAUCUGUCCCGUAAGCAGGAUGCCCUGUCGUUGGAGCAGCGCAGCAGCCAGACCCGCCUGCGCCUGACUCUGGGGGUCCAGACUGAGGGUCUGCGUUCAGCUGUGGUGCCUCUCACCAACUCUAGUGGCAGACACAAGCUGGACCUCGCUUGAGUCGACGUCCUGAUUCUUACCUCAUACUUAAGAUUGGACGUUGUUCAGCAUUUUACAACUAUUCUUCCAAAUGGAAUACUGGAGGCCAAUGGAGAGCCUGUAAAAAGGAGUAUCUGGUUUUUGUUAAUUGAGCAACAAAUCUAGAAAUUGAUCUGACAUGGAGUU